UCUGUGUUGGAUGCCAGUGUAUAUGUAUGCGUAGUGCGGGCGAGUGAAGUAUAUUACCGCAGUCGCGCGUUCCUCUGGCAGGAGCAGCGGAUACUUUAUUUACCAAUUAUAGCGCCGAUGCGCGGUGCGGAGCGUUAAAUGCGCGUGCAGAAUGUCGAACCCGUGCGGUAGCAGGAGGAACGGGGCCAUGAAGAUUCGUCUGACGAUUUUAUGCGCCCGUAAUCUUGCUAGGAAGGAUUUAUUUCGUUUACCCGAUCCCUUUGCUAAGAUAAGUGUCGAUGGUUCUGGACAGUGUCACAGUACAGAUACUUGUAAAGCUACUCUUGAUCCUAAAUGGAAUCAGCACUAUGAUUUAUACAUCGGAAAGAACGAUGGGAUCACUAUAUCUGUGUGGAAUUACAGAAAAUUCCAUAAGAAACAGGGUGGAGGAUUUCUGGGAUGUGUACGCAUAUUAUCGAAUACCAUUCAAAGACUUAAGGAUACAGGAUAUCAACGUUUGGAUCUGUGCAAGGCUCAUUCUGAAGACACAGACGUUGUUAAAGGACAAAUUGUAGUGUCUUUAAUGUCACGGGAUGGUCAUAAUGGUGCCGUGAGCAAUACUGUCGGUCACAAUGCUGUGGUCGAUGUGCUUGGAGAUCUGAGCUGUCCGAACGACUUACCGGACGGCUGGGAAGAGAGAAGGACGGAAAGUGGUCGGCUUUACUACGUGAAUCAUCACACGAAAAGCACGCAAUGGAUCCGUCCGAAUGUCCGGCCUAAUAAUGCUAUUAUACCGACAACACCGGAACCACCUCCAUUGUCGUCAUCAGAGCCGACGUCUCCCAGCAGUAGCGCAAGCUCACCGAAUGUACGAAACGAAGAGAGUCCUGCAAGGCACACGUCGUCCGAAUGGAACAGCGAUGGGACGCCCUGUCAGACGCCCAGUCGGGACAACUCGACGCAAAAUACUCCGAGAAACACGCCGACGCAGCAACAGCAGAAUCGCAAUCAACAGCAUAAUCAGCACAACAUGAGAAAUGCUACGACGCCGGCGUCGUCUGUGAGAGAACGACGUGUCGUCAGAGGGACCGACGAGCAGAACGGCAAUCAAAAUGUGAACGGGAGGAUAGAACGUGGCCUUAGUAGCGGCAGCCAAACGCGAAGGCCUAAUCGCAGUAACAGAAAUAGAAAUAGUGUUAUGCCAAGUAGUGACAGACGAAACGAUCCCCCGCAACCGCCAGACUUGCCUCGCGGCUACGAAAUGAGGAAGACCCAACAAGGCCAGGUAUAUUUCUACCACGUACCAACUGGAUCUUCCACCUGGCAUGACCCGAGGAUACCGCGUGACUUACAAGCUAACGAAUUGGCGAGUGAACUUGGUCCUCUUCCUAGCGGAUGGGAAAUGAGACAGACGCAAAGCGGACGGGUGUACUUCGUGGAUCACAAUAACAGGACAACACAAUUUACCGAUCCCAGACUGUCCAGUCAAAUCAUAAGCAAUCUGCUAAAUAGGAGGCAAAAUAACAAUAUGAAUGACCAAACCGCGAAUAAUUCGAUCAAUUCUGUGACGAGUGAAACUGCUGAGGCGAAUACGACGAGUUCAUCGAUGGUUCAACCUAACACGCCGCAGCAGCCGACGAGAAAUGAAAAUGGAAGCAAUAACAAUUCUCCAACAGUGGAAAGCACGCCGUCUCAAAAUACUCAAACAGUGUCAGAAUUACCAAAGGAGCUUAUGGACAAUGAACUCCUUCCAAAAUACAAGCGUGAUUUAGUGGCGAAGUUAAAAUGUCUUCGAGCAGAAUUGAAUGCUCUUCAACCUCAAAGCGGGCAUUGUAGAUUGGAGGUGUCGAGAAAUGAAAUAUUCGAAGAGUCGUACAGAAUGAUAAUGAAAAUGCGUCCGAAAGAUAUGCGCAAAAGACUUAUGGUGAAAUUCCGUGGCGAGGAAGGGCUUGAUUACGGCGGUGUGGCACGCGAGUGGUUAUAUUUAUUGUCUCACGAGAUGUUAAACCCGCAAUACGGACUCUUUCAGUAUUCGAGAGAUGACAAUUAUACGCUUCAAAUUAAUCCGGAUUCAGGUAUAAAUCCAGAACAUUUAUCGUAUUUUCAUUUUGCUGGGAGGAUCAUAGGCAUCGCCGUUUUUCACGGUCAUCACGUCGAUGGUGGUUUUACAACUCCGUUCUACAAAAUGUUGCUUAACAAAGCUAUAACGUUAAGCGAUAUAGAAGGAGUCGAUCCUGAAUUGCACAGGAGUCUUACAUGGAUGUUGGAAAAUAGUAUAGACGGCGUGUUGGAAGCUACGUUUUCCGUGGAACACAGCAGUUUUGGAGUGCUGAAAAAUCACGAAUUAAAGCCGGGCGGUAAAGACAUCACGGUCACGGAAGAAAAUAAGAAGGAAUACGUUCGUUUAUACGUGAAUUAUCGAUUCAUGCGCGGUAUCGAGCAACAGUUCUUAGCGUUACAGAAAGGAUUUCACGAACUGAUUCCUCCUCUGCUACUAAGACCAUUUGACGAGCGUGAAUUAGAGUUGGUUAUCGGAGGGCUAGGUACUAUCGACAUAAACGAUUGGAAGAUGCAUACUCGACUAAAGCAUUGCACGCCUGAUACACCAGUUGUGCAAUGGUUCUGGCAGAUAGUAGAGUCGUAUGGCGAAGAAAUGAGGGCGAGAUUGCUUCAGUUCGUCACCGGUAGCUCCAGAGUCCCGCUACAAGGAUUCAAGGCUUUGCAAGGAUCGACGGGAGCAGCAGGUCCUCGACUUUUCACAAUUCACGCUAUUGACGCUCCGAGCGAAAAUCUACCAAAAGCGCAUACCUGUUUCAAUAGAAUAGACAUACCGCAAAAUUAUCCGACUUAUCAAAAGAUGCUUGACAAGCUUACGCAGGCUGUUGAGGAAACUUGCGGCUUUGCUGUCGAAUAGUAUGGUAUGUUUUUGCAGCUUUAGUAUGAUCGUUUUUAUGCGUUAGUAUAAAAAGGAUUUAGGUAGUUUUCAAUUUCCACGAUAGAUGACAUUCGACAAGGUUUGCUGUUACUAAGAAGAAAAACUUUUUAUUCUCUACACUUAUAAAACACCAAAAGGAAAUUUAGAAGAACCCAGUGAAUUACACACACACACACACACGCACACACGCGCACACACACACACACACACACACACACACACACACGCACAUAGAAAGAAUGUUAAUAGAUAAGCUAUCAGCAAAAUUAUUCUGACUUGUGUACAAAUACCUAAAUGGCCUUGCAAUUAUGAAUUAGCAAUUGUGAAUCGUACCUUGCAUAUCCCACACGUAUGUUCCCUUUGGAUUCCAUUAAGUAAUAUUCUUCAGAAAACUGAUAUAUUAGUCUUCAAAUAUUUAUCAAGUGAUUAAAUAACUCACGUUGUUAGGAUUAUGCUGUUGCUAGGAUUCUUUGCAGUGAAUAUCUUAAUCAAUUUGUUUUCUACAUUUACUUACGUUCUUCAAGAUUUUUAUUGACUCAUAUUUUUCAAUUAUUGACUCAUAUUUAUCAAUUAAAAUCACUCAUUGUAUUAGAUUCAUCGAAGUUAGCUUUACUAUUUGAGUUACGACAUAAAUGUAAGAUAAAGCGUGCACAAGUAUUUGUGGAAGAUGAAAUCUUCCAAAAAUUACGAAAUUAUGAUUUUCAUAUUGUACAGAUUUUUUUAUCGAAACAUGAAAAAUAAAUAAUAUCAACUUGUCAAGAAUCUCGAAGUUGCAAAUAUAGCAAUAAAUGACAGGAAAUCAAUUCAUAUUUGGAAGUUUUCAAUUUCACUUCACAAGUAUCAUAACGAAUUGCACAGUCAAUUAAUUCCAUAUCAGAGUUAUCUAUCAAAUAAUAGGAUUUAGUGUUGUACGAAGAAGAAUAUAUAUAGAUGUAAAAUUCGCUCUAAUAGGGGCAAACAACACGAUGCUGGAAAUCUAGUAUUUUAAAACGUAUUAUUGGGCCUUGGCGUCUUGGAGAAAAAAAAAAAUAGAGAGUUUGUACAUAUGUAUAUUUCUGAACGCAAGUGUUAAAUAAUAAAGUAUGAUUUAAAAAUUGUUAUAACUUAUAGAGAGAGACUAUAAAAAUGGCAAUUUAAUUAUUAUUGGCGUAUCUUCAAUUAUUUAUCAAACUCUGAAUUUGGGGAAACAUGUGAUAUAUUAAAAUGCUAAAUGUAAAUUGAUUUAUCUUACUUUUUGACAGCAUUUAUGUUUCAAUAUAUCUGUUUUAUUUGUGGAGAGAUUGAUAUUUGACAAUUUAUCGUAUUUUUAUUUUCAGAAAUUAUAUUGUAACACUUUCGUUCAGAGUUUUCGUAACGCAAUCGGCAAAUGUUGUUAUUGCUGUACAACCUACGCGGCAAGAAGAUAAUUGUUGCUUGUUAAAAGUCAAUAUUACCGAAUGCGUUGACAAGAUGUAAAUAGUUUAUUAGAAGUUAAUAUAAUAGUAAAACGUAAUAAGUUUUCAAGCGCGCAAAUGAAAUGUAGUCGGCUCUGCACAUAAUAGAAUCACGCUGAUUUAAAAAAAUUGGCAAGUAAAAUCAUGUAUAUUAGUUUUAAUUUAAAACAUACUUAUUUAAGGAAAGAGUUCAUUCGACGGGUUUAUGUAAGUUUAAAAUGUUUCGAUCGAACUGACUCUUUUGUUUGAAUUUCACGAAACAUGUCUAUACCUUACUAAAUCGCUUUUAGUAAGAUAUAGCGCUAUUUCUUAUUUAUCGCACAAAAUCCUCAUUUACUGUUCAGCAGAUAAUGCUGUUGUAAAGACGUUUAACAACAUAACUGCACGGAUCAUUGUUUUGUACAAUUAUUAUUGCAUUAUUAUAUUUGUAUUAUGCACAUAACUGUGAUGAAACAUAUCAUAGACAAAAGCCACGCAAUGGGGAGAGCACCUAAUAUCUCACUUUUCGAAUUCUGAGUGUUGGUGCAUAAUUUUACGUUCACUUUUAUAUACACGAUAUUAUUGAGAUCAAUA